CUGCUUAUGAGCUGCACGGGAGACGGAAAGACUAAUGACUUGAAACACUCCCAGUACUUAGAGCUGCUCAGCUGAACGGCCAAUAUUCCGCCGGAGCCGAGCAGUGGGAAUCGAAAUUACCGGGAGAACAAUGGCGCGAGCGGGGGGGAUAACGAAUGCUGUAAACGUGGGAAUAGCAGUCCAAGCCGACUGGGAGAAUCGGGAAUUCAUUUCCCAAAUCUCCCUCAACGUUCGCCGCCUCUUUGACUUCCUCGUACAAUUUGAGUCGACAACGAAGAAUAAAUUGGCGAAAUUGAACGAGAAGCUGGAUACAUUGGAGCGGCGACUGGAAUUGCUGGAAGUACAAGUCAGCAAUGCCACGGCAAACCCUGCUCUAUUCACUCCUAAUUGACCCACACUGAAUUUCUGUGCUCCUGUAAGAAAUAUAAAUCGCGGGGUUAAUAUGUUGGAUUAAUAUGUUUUUACAUUUCAGCGGAAAUCUUGUUGUUGUUGCUGCUGCUUUUGUAUGUAUGAUAUAUUUUUAUAUAAAAUAAAUAUGAUCACAGUUCCCUUUCUGGAUUUGGA